UUUGGCAAUACCUACUUAAGUGAAUGAGCAGAGCUGAUAAUUACUGCUCCGUAGCAACCUAGGUAGAUUCAUCCUUGUUUACAAAGGGGUCUACUUCAGACUUAUUUACCAACUCCGUAUGGGGGCACAGGGAGAACGAGAUGCCGUGGAAUAUGCUGUAUGUUCAAAAAGAGCCCUGGGCACGGUGGCUAAUGUAAUCCAAGCACCCGGGAGCUUAGGCAGAGUCACAAGGUCGAGGCUAGCCUGAGCUAGUGUGAGACUGUGUGUGUGUUGGGGGGGGGGGGGAAUGAGAACUGACCUACUGAGAGAAGACAAGCCGACCUGCUCCCUGGGGCAGGAAUAGUGCCAAGUUGUACCACAGCGUAACACUGUUCAAAUGCUGUGCAGACGCAAGAGCACAGUGUUUUCCCCUGGGUCACUGAGGCAAGAAUAAUCAAACAGGUCUUUAGAUUUAUUUUAAAAAAUAAUUAUUUUUAACUUAGAAGUAAUGCCAGUUACCUUUGUAUGGAGCUAACUAGCAUUUUCCUAAACUUUUUGUCUGUUUGGAUGCAGGGUUUUGCUGUGACCCAGAUGAACUUUAAACCGUAGAUCCUUCCCUCAGCCUUCUGAGUGCAAGUAUGUUUGUUUGUGUGUGAUAAGAUCUUGCUAUGUAGUCCUGGUUUCCUGGAACUGGCUGUGUAGACCAGCCUCAAACUCAAGGGAUGCUCCUGCCUAUGCCUGCAGAGUUGCCUGGAUUCAAGGUGUGUACCAUCAUGGCCACCAGAGUGCCACCAUGCACCACCAUGCCCAGCUCCACCAAGAGUAGGACAGUGGAGGGCAGGGCUGGUCUGCCCUUGUCUGCCCCCUUUCUCAGGAGUAUCCCUUCCCUCAUCACCAAGGCUGUUUCUGCAAAGAAAGCAUCUAACGCAUAAGACCCAGGACGCACUCUACUGACCCUUCGCAGUGUCUGGUCCUUUUUCAGCCCCAGUUCCCCCCCCCCCCAGCUUCUUUGGUUGUCUCUGUUGGUGUCACCCUUGUGCUUGUCUUGUUUACUGGGUGUCUGAUUUCCUCUCAAAGGUCACGCUGCAGUUCAGAGCACAGAGCAAAAAGCAUCCCUGGCUUCUGGAGAAUCAGGGAUCUGAUUUUGUUGGCUAAAGACAGUUUGCUUCUAAGGCUGGUUGUCAUGGUUAUUGUUACAGACCAGGACCUGGAGCAGGUGUUGGUGCCCUUGUCCUGUUGAAGGGCAUGCUUCUUGCCCAGAGAGUAUCUGGAGUGGACCUGGAAGGCUUCUUCGGCCCUGUGAGGGCUGAUGACAGACAGGCUGGGGCAGAAUACCAUGUUGGCUGUCAGCCUGCUGAGGGACAAAUCAGAGACUAGCCAGUUGGGAAAGUUCACGAAGCCUGGUUUCAUCAUGCAGCCCAGGAGAAUUCCCGUGGCAUUAGGUCACAGUCUUCUGCUGGCCCUCCUGAGAUUCCCUGUGCUGGGGUGACCGUGCUGGGUCUUCACAGAACCUCAGGCAGCCAGCUCUGCCCUGUGAGCCUGGGCUCCACCAGUGGGCUCUACCCUGGGAGGCAUAAGAAAUGUUUCCCUUGGGUCUGGCCCAGGCACCCCAGCCCACGUGGUGGUCAAAUGACUCCCUGGUAGAUAUGGGGUGUGGCAGGUGGAGGGCAGUGGGUGUCUGAGGAGGUUGCCGACUCAGCUCCAAACAGCUCCUUUUCCUGCCCUCAGUGGGACACAUUCCCAGACCUGUAUUUUGGUUAGUGUGACAGGGCUCCAGAGUCAUCUGGCCUGGGCACGAGCUCUGUCCUUCCCCACCCCCAAGAGAGAGCUCUCCCAUAAAAGGGCUGAGUGCUCUGCUUGCUUCGCUGGGCAUGUGGAGAGCAAGGGGGGACCAUGGACUUCAUCAGCAUUCAGCAGUUGGUAAGUGGAGAAAGAGUUGACAGGAAAGCGUUGGAGUUUGGACAUGGAGUUCCUGAUCCUGGAGGCUGGCCUAGUGGCUGGAGGCUGGGACCCCACGAGGCCGUGGCCCGGGAGAAGCUGAAGUUGGAGGAAGAGAAGAAGAAGAAAAUGGAAAGAUUUAACAGCUCCAGACUGACUCUGGACAAUCUGACGGACUUGGAAAACUUGGUACAAAGACGAAGGGAAAAACGACUGAGACACAAAGUCCCCCCCAGGGAACCUGAGCCCGUGAUUGAGCGGCAGCCCCAGGUCCCACUGGAGCCUGUGGACCUGGAAACGUUCCUGAAGGCAGCAGCUGAGAACCAGGAGGCCCUGAUCGACAAGUUCCUGACAGAUGGAGGGGACCCCAAUGCCCACGACAAGCUCCACCGCACAGCCUUACACUGGGCCUGUCUGAAGGGCCAUGGACAGCUGGUGAACAAGCUGCUGGCGGCAGGGGCCGCUGUGGAAGCACAGGACUUGCUGGGCAGGACGCCUGUGUUCUGGGCCUGCCGGGGAGGACACCUGGACAUCCUCAAACAGCUGCUUAACCGGGGAGCGCAGGUCAAUGCUCAGGACAAGAUCUGGAGCACCCCUCUGCACGUGGCAGUGCGCACGGGCCACUCUGACUGCCUGGAGCACCUCAUUGAGUGUGGCGCCCACAUCAAUGCACAGGAUAAGGAAGGGGACACGGCACUCCACGAGGCUGUGCGCUAUGGGCACCACAAAGCGACGAAGCUGCUGCUGCUCUACGGAGCCAAGCUGGGCAUGAAGAAUUUGGCCUCCCUGACACCAGUGCAGCUGGCACGAGACUGGCAGCGAGGUAUCCGGGAAGCACUACAGGCCCACGUGGGGCACCCCCGCACCCGCUGCUGAUGGAGACCCGUAGAUUGCUCCUAGCCACCAUUCCACGCCCACCUCCACCCCUAAGUGGUUCUCUGCCCCAGCCCCAAUUUCUCUCUGGCUCUGCCUCCCUGGGCCUAAGGCAGCAGGUAGAGCAGGCCUCCUGGGUUUCAGUGAGGAAGACUGUUCCCUGCCAGGGCUGGAGUAGAGGACCUCGGGGCAGCAGGAAACAAAGUGGGUCCAGAUGAGGGCUGAGGCCAGGGCAGGAAGUGAGCAGCCCAGCACUCCCCUAAGCAGGGUCAGGGCCUCUGGCUACCCAUCCCUAGACCAGGAGACUGGCCUUAGCCUGUUCUGUAAGUAGAGUCAGCUGUGGCCAGCAGCUGCAUCCAGGGCAUGAGACAGGAAACAGUAGGCUACCUAUGUGCCAGACACUGGUACAGUGCACUGCUGUCCUCUGGGCAGCGUUUCUCCGGGGACUUCAUUCCUAUCAGUAGCAACCCUGAUAGUGUCUGGAGGAGUUCUAGCCAUCUCUAGUCUCCAGAGCUCUGAAGGGGGGGUUUCUGGCAGGCUGAGGGGCAUGCCAACAGGACCGAGGCCCCACGGAAGUCAGUACCUACCAGGUUGCCCCAGAAGCUGGAGACUGAGAGCUGGAACUCUGGGGAAGCGCCGCCCCAGGGCUUCAGGCAGCCUCGCUCACCACUCUAUGUGGGGGUAGAGUGCCAGGCGCUGGGGACUGCUCGUGGCCCACCCAACUCUUGGGGCGGUGGCCCGCAACCCUGGCUUGCUUACCCUGGUACUGAAGGAAGCACCUGGACUGGUGCACGCCCUGCGCACUGAAGAGCUCUGCACCUUGCCAUGGGAUGGUGACUGCAGUAGCCGUACCUCUCCAGUCCCCUGUGCCAAGUGCUGGUGUAAUGAGGCCUUCACAGGGCUCCCACGUGGCUCCUUUCCCUUCAGCUGUUUCCAGCUUCACUCGUGUAGACCUGUACUACUGGCAGGGCUGGCUCCUUAGAUGCCAGCAAGUCGAGGCCUCGGGCUGAGCAAAGGGCUAAAGGCUGGAGGCUUCCUCUCCCAUGCAGAGCCCUGAGCUGACAGCCAUUUUGCAGCAGUUAUCUUCAGUCUAAUCUUGGCAGCCUCUCCGGCCCUUGUUAGGAAGAGCCUGACUGGUGCUCCCUCCUAGGGGCACACACCUUUCCAUAGGCAGGCUGUGUCCUGUCGUGCCAGCUCGUGUGCACGACGCUGGCAAGCGGGCAACACAGACAUUCAAGGCUACUCAAUAUGACGACGACUCCUCAGAAAUGAGGACAUUUAAUUGACACACAAAGCCACCUUUUUGUACCGAUUACUGUUUUCUCAUUAAACUGAU